GCGAUAUGUCGCGUCGACCAGACCCGCUAGUAGCGCUGUUACCCCGCCGCCCAACCAGUCAGUGUACAACCGGGGAGAGAGUAGACAUGCAGGAUCCUGACUAGAUUUCUCCGGAGUUUGAGGACGAGCACUGAGUUAUGACGGAGUGCACCAUUAAACCAGGGUCUGUGUUUUGUAACUGAAUCGUAUAAAUCACAGAAUAAGAAAAUCAGCGCAGGAGAAAUAGUUGAAAGCCAGCACCGGUCUGACAGUCAGCGUGUGGGAAUGGCAGCUCCCCGGCCGAUAAAAGGCAUCCUGAAAAACAAGAACAGCGCUACAAACAAGUCGCUGCCCGACGAUGAGCCAAAAGAGAUUACAGAACAAGUCCCGGGGCUCUCGGAGGAUGACCAACAGAAGAAGUCCCAGAAAUGGGAUGAGAUGAACAUCCUGGCCACAUACCAUCCACCUGACAAAGAUUACGGCCUGAUGAAGAUCGAUGAACCCAGCACACCUUACAACAGGAUGAUUGGGGAUGACGAAGAUGAAGGGGCACUGAGUGACUCAGACGGCCAAAGUGGACUUGCAGUCGAUGACCUGGCAUCAAAGCUGGUGGCAGCAGAGGGCUCAGAGCCUCGCUUCAUGAAAGAAGAGGAGGAGAGCAGCGAGGAGGAGGAAGAGGAGCUCACUCCCGAAGAACAAGCCAAAAAGAAACAGUUUCAGAUGAUGAGGAAGAUGCACUACAAUGAGGGCCUAAACAUCAAGCUAGCCCGCCAGCUCAUCGCCAGCGAGCUAGAAGCUGACGAAGACGAGGAGAUGAGAGAUGACACGGAGGAGACGGAGGAGAUCAGUGUUGACCCGCCACAGGAAGCUGAUUCUCUGGACUCAUAGAUGCCGUCUCCGACCUUCAGCCCUGCGUGUGUUUGUGUGCGCGUGUAUUUGUCAACUCAAGAAUCAGAAAGACAAUGCUGCUGAUGUUUUUAACACUGAGCAACACAGCAAAACACCGCUUCAACACCCAUAUAACAACUCUCAGCAGCCAUUAAACUCCCGGUCACACGUCUGGCUCUACUUUUCCUUCCAACUGUGCAAUAUGACACACUGGUUUUUUCAGCCUCCACAGUCUGUACAACACACAAAAGAAGACUGUUGCUCCCUCCUCUUCCCUCUCCUGUUGCCAAGAAUUUCUUCCUCCUGCCUCUUCUGAACUGGCGUCGCAGUGAAGGGUGUGAUUCUGACCCUGAAUGGAGGAUAAAGGCCUUUAAAAAAAAAAAAAAAAAAAAGUACCAGGACUCCCGUCUGGGCGCUCCACACGGCUCCUCUGUCGGCCACAGAGCCAGCACAUCAGCCCUGGAGGAAGCCAGGGGAAACCCCACGACCUCUUCAAAGGCGUAUCCGAGACAUGACGACGGCUCCUUCACCGAUGGCUGUGAAUAUUUUUUUUUGGUAUGUUUUUGUUUUGCUUUAUAACCCGCUGCUCUGUUGUGUUGUCCUUCCCCCUUCAGUACUGUCUGUGAUAAAAGUUGGUCCAAAUGAA